CGCGUGUAUUUACAUCCUGGGUCACAGGCAAUGUUGUGUUGUCAUCAAACAUGGCUGCCCAUGACCACUUGUCUCUCUGCCUAUGCGACUUAAUAAGGUUGUUGUGGACGCUGCUUCUGCCAUGUCUGUAUCUAUGCUUGGUGCUGACUGCAAUCCUGGUUCUCCUGGUCAUCGGGGUCAGAAUGUGGCUACAGCGGGCUAGGAGUGCACGGCGGGCCCGAGAGAGGUCCCCCACGGUGGCGUUCUUUCACCCGUACUGCAACGCCGGAGGCGGCGGGGAGAGGGUGCUGUGGUGCGCUCUCAGGGCAUUGCAGAAUAGGUACCAGGACUUCUCCUUUGUAGUGUAUACCGGUGACCAGGGCGUGACAGGGGAGCAGAUCCUGAACGGAGCGCAGCGCAGGUUUGACAUCAGGCUGCCCAGGCCGGUGAGGUUCGUGUUCCUCAAACACCGCCUCCUGGUGGAGGCCGCCGUCUAUCCACACUUCACCCUGCUGGGCCAGAGCGUGGGCUCCAUCUUCCUGGGCUGGGAGGCGCUGACCGAAUUCGUCCCCGACGUCUACCUGGACUCCAUGGGCUACGCCUUCACCCUUCCGCUCUUCCGCUACCUGGGCGGCUGCUGGGUGGGCAGCUACGUGCACUACCCCACCGUCAGCACAGACAUGCUGGCUGUGGUGCGCGAGCGCAACCCCCGCUUCAACCAUGCCAACUUCAUCUCCAGCAACCCGGUGCUGAGCGCGCUCAAGGUGGUGUACUACUGCGCCUUCGCCCUGCUCUACGGCCUGGCCGGCUCCUGCAGCCACGCGGUGAUGGUCAACUCCACCUGGACCCUGGGCCACAUCCUGGCCCUGUGGCGCGCGCCCAACCGCACCAGCGUGGUGUACCCGCCCUGCGACGUGCGCGCCUUCCUGGACGCCCCGCUGGAGGAGGACGCCGACAGGAAGUGCCACCGCCUGGUCUCCGUGGCCCAGUUCCGCCCGGAGAAGGACCACCGCCUCCAGAUCCGCUCCUUCCGGAAGCUUCUGGACAGGAGGGGGGCGGGGCCAGAGCGGGAGGCGCUGACGCUGGUGAUGAUUGGCGGCUGCAGGAACGAGGAGGACGAGGAGCGCGUGCUGAUGCUCAGGGGGCUGUGCCAGGAGCUGGGCGUGGCCGAUAGGGUGGAGUUCAAGCUCAACAUCCCGUUCGAGGAGCUGAAGAGGGAGCUGACCGGCGCUACCAUCGGACUCCACACCAUGUGGAAUGAGCAUUUUGGAAUUGGUGUGGUGGAGUGCAUGGCCGCCGGAGCGGUCAUACUGGCCCACAAGUCGGGGGGGCCGAAGCUGGACAUCGUCGUGCCGCACGACGGCCAGCCCACGGGCUUCCUGGCAGACGACGAGGACGGCUACGCCGACGCCAUGGAGCGGGUCCUGGCGCUGACGCCCGCCGCCCGCCUGGAGAUCCGCCGCAACGCCCGCCUGUCCGUCGCCCGCUUCUCCGACCAGGAGUUCGAGGCCUCCUUCCUGGCAGCCACGGAGCCCCUGAUGGCCAACCUGGAACGGUGAGGGGGGUGGUGGGGGGGGGGGGGGCGUGGCGUGGCCGCCCCUCGUCUUCCAAUGCACUUUACUGUCUCCACACACUUAGUCCUGCCCCCCCCCCCCCCCCCCCCCCGUUUCGUGUAUGCAAUGAAGUAUGGUAGAAGCUUGUCAGUUGUAGUGUGUGUUCUAUCUCAUGCCAUAGUGUGUCAGGCAGACAAACUUGUGACAUGUCAAUUUGCUGACCCUGCAAAAAAAUAUUUUAAAAAAAGAAAUCUGCCGAGCAUUUGCUUAUUCAUUGGCCAUUGGAAGUACUGUGUGUGCAUCUGGUUUUUUAAGAAAUGUGUCUGGGGAACAUGGAAAAGGGAAGUUUCCCCACAAACAUUAAAAAAAUUUCAAAAAAGGAAUUUCAUUUUGAAUGUAUGCUUAAAACAGAGAUUCCCAAGCUGUGGGUUGCCGGAGGGGUGGUCCUUGGAUGAUAAAUAUAAAAAAAAUUCCUGUAUAUAAUACACUUUUCACUGAUAUUCAUCCCAGUCAAAUGUAAUACUCCACAUGGUACAUGCACUACGCUAGUUACAAUGCAAUUGGUUUGUUCAUUCCAUGUCAUCAUGCUGUAUUGUAAUAGUGGGUUGGUCACAGAAAAUGUGUUUGCUCAUAUAGGGUCACAGGCUCUGAAAUGUUGGGAAUCUCUGGCAAACUAGGAACUGAGCAGUUGGUUACGAUUGUGAUGUCAUGGUUUGUUCCUUAUUUGGUGUUCUAUACUCCAAGUCUAUCAUUCCUAAUGUACAGUCAGAAAUGUUUUUUUUUUCUUUUUUAAUAAGUUGUUUUUGUCAUGUCUUAUCACUGGAAUAAAAAUCCAUUAAACUUGGUUUAUACAUCCAGUGAAA